CAAUUCCGCGGAGCCCCCCUAAACCCCCCCCCUUCGCCGCCGCCACCCCCCUGAGGCGGCCCGAGCAAGAUGGCGGCGCGAGUGCUGCUGCGGCGGAGCCUGGCGGGAGCCAACUCCCGGCCUCGCCUCUCGGCCGGCGGCGGCUUGGCCCUCAGGGGACUGGUAUCUUCAGCUAGCAGACCUCGUGAAGACAGCUGGUUAAAAACGCUAUUUGUUCGCAAAGUCGACCCGAGGAAGGAUGCUCACUCCAACCUUCUAGCCAAAAGGGAGACCAGCAGUCUGUAUAAACUACAGAUUCACAAUGUAAAACCAGAAUGUCUAGACGCCUACAACAAGCUUUGUCAAGAGGUGCUGCCAAAGAUUCAUGAAGAAAAACACUACCCAUGUGCACUGGUGGGGACUUGGAACACGUGGUACGGAGAGCAAGAUCAGGCUGUUCACCUGUGGAGGUAUGAAGGAGGCUAUCCAGCUCUCAAUGAGGUCAUGAGUAAACUCCGUCAAAAUAAGGAAUUCACGGAGUUUCGCAAAGAAAGAGGUAACAUGCUUCUCUCUCGCAAGAACCAGCUAUUGUUGGAGUUUAGUUUCUGGAAUGAACCUGUUCCCAGAGAGGGGCCUAAUAUUUAUGAACUGAGAUCCUAUCAACUUAGACCCGGAACAAUGAUUGAGUGGGGAAAUUACUGGGCUCGUGCAAUUCGUUUCCGACAGGAUAAUAAUGAAGCAGUUGGAGGAUUUUUCUCACAAAUUGGACAGCUGUAUAUGGUUCAUCACCUUUGGGCCUACAAAGAUCUGCAAACGAGAGAAGAUAUAAGGAAUGCUGCAUGGCAUAAACCUGGCUGGGAUGAACUAGUCUAUUACACAGUGCCCCUUAUUCAGGAAAUGGAGUCCAGAAUCAUGAUACCGUUGAAGAUUUCUCCACUUCAGUAAAGUCAUUGAUUUACUUGUGCCUACAUAGAUGAAGUGACAAGUAUUUGUCUUAAUUAAUUUAUGGUAUACAUUGUAUAUCAUAGUCAGAAAUAUAAAAGUACUGUAUUGAGCUUAUAAAAGAGACCUCUUUUCUUCAGAUUCUAAUGACAUUUUGCUCUUAGGAUUGUAACAGGAAAAAAAGAAAUACAGGACUGUCAUUAAAGGGUUGGUUAACUGUAAGAAAGUCCAAAGAUACAUACAGGUUCCUCUGCGAGACAGUUCCUGAGGUUAAAUAUGGCAUACAGUAUUUAAUAUGUCCUGCUGGAUAGAAAAUGCCCAGUGUUCAGUACCAGCAACAAAAGGGAGCAACAGUUGCUGUGGCCUUUGUGUAGCAAUAAAAUGACUACAGGUUGAAAAAACACAUGGGGGAGUUCUGAAGACAGGAGCUCUGAAACCCUUAGGCAGUUGUGAUGUCUCUGUAACUCCAAAGUACACCUAGCUGUUCUAGCAGGACUGAAAUCAGUAAGUAGCUCUAAAUUUAUAAAUAGGCAGUUAUUAAUUGAGGAUAAUAUUACCUGUCACGUGAUAGAUUAUGGACAGAGAACAGGGCAUUCUGUUUUGCAAGGACAGCGAAGCCUGUUGAAACUAACUACACAUUUCUCUAAAUACCCACACCUGGAAUUAAUUUUGUGAAAUUAUUUACAGCCAUUUUUUUUAGCGUGAACCACAGUUUUCAAAGAGAUACUGACAAGACAUUGUUGUCUGAACAUUUUGCAGGGAAACAAGUUGAGUUAAGUACAUUUUUGUCUACAAACAACUUGGAAGUCUAGGAAAAGGGGUUUUAUUUAAUAAGCAAUCAUGACUUCAGACAUAUGCUUGGUCAGGUGUUUCACUAACUGUACAGUAGGUACUUAAUGUGUGAAACUGGCGCAUGUUGAGUCAAUAGGAUUGGCAAAAAGCAGUGUACCAUUAUGUCCAGUUCUAUUUUGGUUUCACUUUUAGACUAGAGUAUAUCAACACUUUUAGUGUCUGCGAUGAUGUGAACAUCCUGUAAGUGAAAAUAACAUUCUCUCUUCAAAGUGGCUGCAAGAAUCUGUGUGACAUACAGAAUGUACAAUUCAGUUACUGAAUGUCCAGUUUGUACAUUUCAAUGAGUUUUCAGGAAAAACAUCAGUCAAUAAAAUCCUUUUAAUUUUCACAUAAUACUGGCACCAUA